AUGAUCCAGCUCGCUCAGAUGUCUCCCCUCCCUGUUCUCGACGCCCACAGCCCGCUUGCCACCCAAGAGUCAAAGGCAGAGGACGUGCUCUCGCUCUUUGUCUCUGAUCUCGCGCCGUACGCGACAGAGGAGGACCUCCAAAACGUCUUUAGCUUCCCCAUGGACCAUCUCCCCGGCGACGCCCUCGGCCGCGUCUAUAUCUACCCCUUUGUGAUCACCGACAUUCGUAUCGUCAGCAGCGCCGGCAGCGGCUCCAAGUAUGCGUUUGUCCGCUUCCCGUCCAUCGCAGAACGCACCCGUGCCCUCUACAUCAUGCAAGGCGUCCUCUGCCUUGGUCGCCCGAUUCGUCUCUCCCGCGCACACGCCAAGGACCGUGCGCGCGACAAGCCCGAGCUCGUCUUGUUUGCUAAUCAGCGCUCCCGUGACGAACGUCAGCGAGAUAACAUUGUUAUCGACCAGUUCAAUGCACAAUGGGCUUCGGUCGAUCCGAAGAACACAAAGGUCUUUGUCGGUGGCAUCUCCCCACGCGUCCUCCUUCAAGAGCUCGUCAACCGGUUCGCGGCCAUGGGCGUAAUCACAAACGUCAAUUUUGGCAAGGGAUGCGCCUUCAUCUCCUUUGCCCGCAAGCAUGACGCAGCGCUUGCCAUUGAGCGUCUCGAUGGCAUGAUCAUGGACGGAAAGUCUCUUCGCGUUACCUGGAGUCGCAGUAGUGUUCAACCACUGCUCCAGCAGCAGCGCACACUCGCCAAUUCUUCCCCUCCAAGCUCAGAGAGCAGUUCGCCCGACGUCAAGUUUACGGCGCAUACCCCCAGCUCACCCCGUUCGCCCAUUACUCCUAUCACCCCGUUCGGGAACCUCUCCUUCCCCCAAGUCGCUGGAACAGGUACUCGAAUCGGAAACGGUUCCAAGUCUAGGAGCGGCUCAGUCUCGUCCAAGGCGAGCAUGGCUCCUCUCCCCAACUUGUACCCGCUUCGCGAGAUGGACGAGUCGGCGACGGCGCUCGAACUUGCUCCCGCUUUGGCCCGGCGCCGAACGGUGGCCAACGUUGCUCGACACCGUGCUGGCUUGCUCGAAUCUGAUUCCUCCCCCUUCUUAUCGGUCAAGACUGGUGACGCUAUCGGUCUCAAUACGGCAGCGCCUGGCAUGGGCAGGCGCGUCUCUCUCCCGGAUAACGCUCUCUGA